GGAGAGGUGCAUUUUCCAUUUGGCUUUGAAGUGGGUGUUUUCAUCGUGCAUCUAGAGAAUGGAAGAAAGACAAAGAACGUGCAGCUGUAAAAAGGGGAUCCUGCAAUGCCUUGCUAUUAUUUUUGCUUGCAAGAUGGUUUCUGGGCAGAUUCAUUACUCUAUUCCUGAGGAGAUGCACAAAGGCUCUUUUGUGGGAAAUAUUGCAAAGGACCUGGAAAUGGACGGGAUGCAGAUUUCAGAAAAUGGACUGCACAUUAUUCCCAAUGUAGGUAUGAACCAGUAUUUUGCUUUCAAUGUCAACAGUGGCCAUUUAGAAACAUCUGAGAGAAUUGACCGGGAAGAAAUAUGUGGGCAGGUAGAGAAAUGUAUAUUGAAGUUCCAGAUUCUUACUGAAAGUAAAUUAAAACUUUAUGCAAUUGAAGUGGAAAUUACUGACAUAAAUGAUAAUGCUCCUCAUUUCCCUCUAUGGGAACAAGAGUUGGAAAUCAGUGAGGCAUCUACACCUGGAUUCCGGGUCCCUCUUACUGAAGCUCAAGAUCCAGAUCUGGGAAUAAAUUCUAUACAGAGCUAUCAACUCAGAGGCAGUAGCCAUUUUUCACUGGAUACACAAAAAGGAAAAAAUGGUUUCAGACAUACUGAACUAAUACUGGAAAAAUUUCUAGACAGAGAGGAACAAUCCGUUUAUAAUUUAAUCCUUACAGCUAGUGAUGGAGGUGAUCCUGUCCAGUCUGGCACUGCAGAAAUCAAAAUCAUUGUUUUAGAUGCGAAUGACAAUGCACCAGUUUUCAGCCAGUCUAUCUACGAGGUGAAUGUCAAAGAGAAUAUUCCUAAAGGAUUUAUUAUUGCUAAUGUGCAUGCCACUGAUCUUGAUGAAGGGCUUAAUGGAGAGGUGAAAUACUCCCUGAAAAAGACUACAAAACUAGAUGUUCCCAUAUUUCACCUUAAUUCCACAACAGGUGAAAUUACGCUCAUUGGGAAUCUUGAUUAUGAAGAAUCAUCAUUCUAUGAAUUUGAAGUACAAGCCAAAGAUUGGGGAGGUCUUACUGACAGAUCAAAGGUUGUUAUCUUCAUUACAGAUCUGAAUGACAAUGCACCUGAACUAGCAGUUACUUUUGUCACCAACUCCAUACUUGAAAGUUCACCACCAGGAACUGUUAUUGCUAUUCUAAAUGUACGAGACAGAGAUUCGGGAAUCAAUGGAGAAAUCACAGUCUCCAUUCCAGACAAUUUCCCUUUCCAAUUAAAGAAGUCCUCUGAUGGGUUUUAUAGUUUGAUGACAGAGAACCUCCUUGACAGAGAACAGGUAUCAGCCUUUAAUAUAACCGUAACAGUUACUGACAAUGGAAUGCCUCCACUCUCAACAGCCACAGUAAUUGGACUAUACAUCAUAGACACAAACGACAACCCACCAUUCUUUGAGAAAUCAGUUUAUCCUUUCUAUGUUGUAGAAAAUAACCAAAUGGGUGCUUUGAUAUGUUCCUUAAAAGCAAAUGAUCCAGACUGGAAAGGAAAUGCAGUAAUAAGGUAUUCUAUCAUUGGAAAUCAGACAAAUGAAUCAUUUCUCUCCUCUUAUGUCUCCAUUAAUUCUGAGACAGGGGCUAUCUAUGCAUUAACCUCAUUUGAUUAUGAGAAUUUUAAGAAGAUUCAGUUCCAAGUUAAGGCUCAGGAUGGUGGCUCCCCAUCACUCAGCUCCAGUGUUUCCGUUAUUAUUUUCAUCUUGGAUCAGAAUGACAAUCCUCCAGAGAUUUUGUACCCUUCUCCACCCACUGAUGGCUCAACUGGGAUAGAGCUGGCUCCUCGCUCCUCUGAGGCAGGAUACUUGGUCACUAAAGUAGUGGCAGUAGAUGCAGAUUCUGGCCAGAAUGCCUGGCUCUCCUAUCAGCUGAUCAAAGCAACAGAACCGGGGCUCUUCACCGUGGGACUCCACACUGGAGAGAUCAGGACAGCACGUUUGUUUCUAGAGAAAGACGCCCUGAAGCAAAUUCUGGUGAUCUUAGUGAAGGACAAUGGCCAACCGCCCCUCUCUGCCUCAGUUACUCUCACCAUUGUUCUGGCUGACAGCAUCCCUGAAAUUCUCUCAGAUCUGAGCAGCAUCUCAACUUCUGUAGUUCCUGAGUCAGAUCUCACUUUCUACUUAGUGAUUGCAGUGGCUUUUGUCUCCUGUUUAUUCUUUACCUUCCUCCUUGUGCUACUGGCAAUUAGAGUAUAUAGAUGGAGAAAUUCACAGAUGGAGUCUGGGAGGAUAAAUUUCAGUGGUGUACCUGCCUCACAAUUUGUAGGCAUCAAUGGAGUCCAAGCAUUUCUUCAUUCUUACUGCCAUGAGGUUUCUCUGACUGCAGAUUCUAAGAGAAAUCGGUUUAAUAUUUCCACAGCAAAUGAUUCAGAUACUCUGAGCAUUAAACAAGUUUAUGAAGCAAAGGAUCCAAUUGCACCUGGUGAAGAUUUAAAUUUGAAUAAUGAUGAUCUAAUAGUAAUUCAGGUAAGGUAA